GAGACGCCAUUUUGCAAGCGUCACUUGGCGGCGUGUCGGGUUUCGGCAUUUUUACCUAACUUACCUUAAGGCGAACAAUAAUACUGUUUUGUUUUUGUGUAAUAUGUCGUAUCAAUCUAGUGUAGCGCAGGAUUCUCUUUCUGCAGCACAACUAGAAAUGGCCGGUAACCCCAAUGCUUUGGCUCUACGUCGGCCAUUCGACCCUGUGGCACACGAUUUGGAAGCUAGUUUUCGUCUAACAAGAUUUGCUGAUUUAAAAGGAAGAAGCUGUAAAGUACCGCAAGAUGUUUUAUCUAAACUCGUUGAAUCAUUACAACAAGAUUACUCCCAACAAGACCAGGAUCAGUUUAUGCAUGUUGCGAUCCCGCGUAUUGGCAUUGGCUUGGACUGUUCAGUUACACCGCUAAGACAUGGUGGACUAUGUUUGGUGCAAACUACUGACUUCUUUUAUCCUUUAGUGGACGAUCCAUAUAUGAUGGGAAAAAUUGCCUGUGCAAACGUUCUUAGCGAUUUAUAUGCUAUGGGCGUGACUGAAUGUGAUAAUAUGCUGAUGCUUCUAGGCGUAUCCACUAAGAUGACCGAGAAGGAACGAGAUGUUGUUAUUCCUCUUAUUAUGCGUGGCUUCAAGGAUUCAGCGCUAGAAGCUGGUACGUCUGUGACUGGAGGUCAGACUGUCAUUAACCCUUGGUGCACUAUUGGAGGAGUAGCCACUACUAUCUGUCAACCCAAUGAAUAUAUUGUGCCCGACAAUGCUGUUAUGGGUGAUGUCUUAGUUCUCACAAAGCCUCUUGGUACCCAGGUUGCUGUGAAUGCUCAUCAAUGGCUUGAUCAGCCUGAACGUUGGAAUAGAAUAAAAUUAGUUGUGUCAGAAGAAGAUGUUAGAAAGGCUUAUCAUCGUGCUAUGGACUCUAUGAGUCGGCUAAAUCGUAUUGCAGCUAGACUUAUGCACAAAUAUAAUGCCCACGGUUCAACUGAUGUUACUGGAUUUGGUCUUCUUGGCCAUGCUCAGAACCUUGCCUCUCAUCAGAAAAAUGAAGUUUCAUUUGUUAUUCACAACUUACCAGUGAUAGCCAAAAUGGCAGCUGUUGCUAAGGCUUGCGGAAACAUGUUCCAACUCUUACAGGGUCAUGCACCUGAGACAUCUGGAGGACUUUUAAUCUGUUUGCCUCGUGAGCAAGCUGCGGCAUACUGUAAGGAUAUUGAGAAGCAAGAGGGAUACCAGGCAUGGAUUAUUGGCAUUGUUGAAAAGGGCAACCGUACAGCUAGAAUUAUUGACAAACCUCGAGUUAUUGAAGUGCCAGCUAAAGAUUGAGCAGUUUAUGCAUAAUUAAGACAUUAUUACACUAUAGUUAAAAAUUUUAAUUACUGAUAAAAUCUUAAAUUUACAAACACUUUUUAAAGUUAUGUAUAUAACUAUCAUUUUAUUUCAAUUUGAUAAAUACCAUGUUGUUAUGUGACAGAGUAACAAUCGGGUGGGAUUUCUUAUUCAUUUACAAUCUCAAAAACUAGCGAUCUUUUCUAGUGACUUGGUGUAUGUGUAUAAGUAAGAUAUUACUAUUAAAUGUAAGAAAAAGAUUCCAUUAGGUAUCCCUAAUAAAUACAAUGUUGUUUGCAGCUUGUGAGUUGAUUCUGCAAAUUCUGAUAUAAGUAUAAUUGACUAGAAUAAAAAUAUUUUUCAUUCA